CCUUCAACAUUUUACAGAGUACAUAGAGGAUAUAUGCCCUUGCUCAAGGGCAAUCAGUUUCUGUGCGAUUGGUUUGUGCGGCAAUUCCCUCAAGGCAAGCCCCCAAAAAGAAUGAUGCCCCCUGUGGAAACGUUUAAUCUGAACGAGCUGCAGCACAACACAACCGGCGAGUAUACAGAGACUGUUCACAAUUACGCGGACCCUGUGACGCAACCGAAGCCUUCAGCAGCAUGCAGAUUGAAGUACAUCAAUGGACGUAUGUUCUAUGGCUCCAAAAUCCUGCUACCCGCCAAACUCUCCUUCAUGGCUGCCAGCAUCUACAACGAGCAAUUGUACGAUUUGCCAGCCGGCUCUGCCGAUGCCCUGACCUGUGUCCAUGGCAUUCGGGAACACGGCGAGAAGCUGCUGAGCCUGGCAACGUCGGUGGACAGUGACGAUGCGGCUGACCGGAGUGAAGAAGAUGAUGCGAGUCGUGGCCUGAUCAUUGACACAACUGGCGACGAGCAGAACAGUAGCUCCUCUAUCGAGAUGUGUGACAAUGUGACACUGAAAGCUCAUGCCGUGCGCUUGAAUGCCAGCCUCUAUAGCAAUCAAAACUUUGGGGCGACCAGUACGCCCAAUGCCAACCAUUCACAGGGCCAUCAUCCGAAUGCCAAGAAAACGGCCAUCAACUUUGGCGAAAUGUCGCCACGGAAACAGGCGAAUAGCUCUGGAUUGAGUCCGUUUUUGGGCCUGUCCCCACACCUGAACAAACGAAAAUCGCCCACAAAGAAGGUACGCUCUCCUCAGAACCAGUCGCAGCCUAAGCCCCGCUACAAUGUUGCGCCAAUGGUGGUAAUCCAUGAGUCUCGGCCGCCACCCUCGCCAGCCAUUGAGUGUGCCAAACGUUUGCGCACAUUGAUCGACCAGGAAAGUUCCCGCGACGCCACGGAUAACAAAGCUGGUAUCCGCGUCAUUGCCCUGGCCAAGCAGAAGCCAACAGCAACACUCUCUGUGCCCAAAGUGGAGCCCGACAACCAGGAUGAACGGGAGUUCCUGUCGGACAGUGGCGGAAGCCUGGCCAUGUCCAUCUCCCCGCAGUCUUUUAGCCCCGUCAAAAUGGAUUUGGUACAGUCGGAGGAGGAGGAGCUGGAGCCGCUCCGUGUGAGUGCUGGCAAUACCCCCCAGCACAUGAUCACGACACAGUUUGACAGCGACGAGGACUGCAAACUGGAUGUGGUAGCCAGUCUGGCAAACUUCACAACCGCUGGUGACGCUUCCGCUGGUUCUCCAGCCUCAGUGGCCGCCAGUACAUCAAAACCUGCAUCACCACCCUACAGUUUAACCAAGUCAUCGCCGUGGACGCGCGAAGAAGACAAGGUCAUUCUAACCGAAAUGAAAAUGGGGGCACGUGAUCGGGAGCAGCUCAUUAGGCGGAUGCGUGCCAAGCUUAAGCAUCGCAAUUUCAUCGAGCUGCGUACCCGACAUCAGUUCCUGAUGGACUUUCUGUCUAAACUGCAGGGUAAAUAGGGGAAGAACGCGCCUCUGUGUCUUGUAUUAUACACCAAACUGAAUAAUUAGUUUACUAUGAUUAUGUUAGAAGGAUCUUUUACGGCUACAGCUAUUUCGGCUCUCCCUAUGAUUACGUUAACCAUGAGUUUUCCACUAUCGUUAAGACUGUUAACAUUGGAAAAUAAAAUGUUUUUUAAUAUAAAUCCAAA